AUGCGAUUAAUCACUGGUAGUUUUUUAUUUUGGUGUUUAAUGCACAUUCAAGUUCUUGUUUUCUAUGAAAUUCAAAAUGAUAGUUGUUCAUUGCGAACUGGUGUUUAUGGUAUUUUCUUCAACGUGUAUUUGUGGAUUGAAAGUGGGAUAUUUCCACCAUUGAUGAUGCUCAUUUUUGGAUUUCUUACAUUGAAUAAUAUUCGAAAAAGCAAACGAAAAACAAGAUCAUUAACAAUAGUUGAUGCUGUUGGACCUGGACAAUUUACUGGAAUGUCAAGAAAAGAUUCACAAUUUUCUAAAAUGUUAUUUAAUCAAAUAUGUCUUUAG